GCCUUCCGUCUGGAGCGAGCGACAGAAGCGGAGGAGGCGGAGCUAUUACGUCGACCCGGCAGUGCAUACUUAAGUUGCAAAAUGAGCAUCCCGGACUACAUGCAGUGUGCGGAAGAUCAUCAAACUUUACUAGUCGUGGUCCAGCCAGAUGGGAUUGUUCCUGAAGAGAGCUUUUUUAAGAUCUACAAACGAAUCUCAACUGUGAGUCAGAUCAAUGUCCGUGACUCUCAGCGAGUUCUUUAUAUCCGCUACAGACAUCAUUACCCACCAGAAAACAACGAAUGGGGAGAUUUUCAGACGCAUCGCAAAGUUGUGGGAUUAAUAACCAUCACGGAUUGUUCCUCUGGAAAAGACUGGCCUCAAACUUUUGAAAAAUUCCACCUUCAAAAGGAAAUUUAUGGCUCAACCCUUUACGAUUCCCGGCUGUUUGUCUUUGGGCUUCAGGGAGAAAUUGCAGAGCAAACCCGUACGGACGUGGCAUUUUAUCCUAGUUACGAUGAAUGUGAAAACGUGGAAAAGAGAAUAGAAGACUUCAUUGAAUCUCUUUUCAUUGUCUUGGACUCCAAGCGUCUUGACAGAGCCAUCGAUAAGUCUGGAGAUAAGAUCCCACUUCUGUGUGUUCCUUUUGAAAAAAAAGAUUUUGUUGGCCUGGAUACAGACAGUAGUGUGUUUUUGGGUCUCAAAAGACAUUAUAAAAAGCGAUGUCAGGGUCGUAUGCGGAAACAUGUUGGGGACCUUUGUCUACAAGCCGGGAUGUUGCAAGAUUCCUUUGUUCACUAUCAUAUGGCUGUGGAACUUCUCCAUUCUGUAAAUGACUUUUUGUGGCUCGGAGCUGCUCUUGAAGGAUUAUGUUCAGCUUCCGUCAUCUAUCACUAUCCUGGAGGCACUGGAGGUAAACUUGGGCCUCGCAGGGCGCAAGGAGGUUCAUUUUCCGCAGAGGCAGGUAACAGGCACAGACCUGGUGCACAAGAAGUUCUUAUUGAUCCAGGGGCCCUCACAUCAAAUGGCAUCAGUGCAGAUACAAGUUCUGAAAUAGGGCGAGCUAAGAAUUGUCUGAGCCCUGAAGACAUCAUUGAGAAGUACAAAGAAGCUAUUUCCUAUUACAGCAAGUAUAAAAACGCUGGUGUUAUCGAACUGGAAGCUUGUGUAAAGGCGGUGAGAGUGCUUGCAAUACAGAAAAGAAGCAUGGAAGCGUCUGAAUUCCUCCAAAAUGCUGUUUAUAUUAACCUUCGUCAGCUUUCUGAAGAAGAAAAAAUCCAGCGCUACAGCGUUCUUUCUGAGCUCUACGAGCGAAUUGGAUUUCAUCGCAAAUCAGCUUUUUUCAAGCGAGUGGCAGCAAUGCAAUGUGUGGCCCCAAGCAUCGUGGACCCUGGUUGGAGAGCCUGCUAUAAACUUCUUCUGGAAACACUUCCGGGUUAUAGUCUAUCUUUGGAUCCUAAAGACUUCAGCAAAGGAACUCAUCGUGGUUGGGCUGCUGUGCAGAUGCGUUUACUUCAUGAGUUAGUGUAUGCCUCCAGGAGAAUGGGAAACCCAGCACUUUCCGUCCGACAUUUAUCUUUCCUUUUACAAACCAUGCUGGAUUUUCUUUCGGACCAAGAAAAGAAAGAUGUGACACAAAGUCUGGAAAACUAUACGUCAAAAUGUCCGGGAACAAUGGAAUUCAUUACCCUUCCAGAUGGCUUAAAGCUCCCCCCUGUGCCCUUCACUAAACUUCCUAUUGUAAGAUCUGUCAAGCUCUUAAACCUCCCUGUUAGCCUUCGACCACAGAAAAUGAAAAGUCUGCUGGGUGAGAACAUGUCAACGAAAAGUCCCUUUAUAUAUUCUCCAAUAAUCGCUCACAAUCAUGGAGAGGAGCAGAGCAAAAAAAUAGAUUUUCAAUGGGUUCAGGGAGAUGUCUGUGAAGUUCAGCUGAUGGUGUACAAUCCGAUGCCCUUUGAACUCCGUGUAGAAAAUAUGGGACUGCUGACCAGCGGAGUUGAGUUUGAAUCUCUCCCCGCAGCUCUCUCUUUGCCUGCAGAAUCUGGCCUCUAUCCUGUGACACUGGUUGGUGUUCCUCAGUCCCCAGGCCAGAUCAACGUUAACGGCUAUCACACCUCAGUCUUUGGAGUCUUCAGCGAUUGCCUUUUGGAUAAACUCCCAGGAAUAAAGACCUCUGGCUGUUCAGUGGAAGUCAUUCCAUCUUUACCUAGGUUGCAAAUUAGCACUUCGUUACCAAGGUCUGCGCGUACCCUUCAGCCUUCUUCGGGUGACGAAAUUACCACCAGCGUGUCUGUCCAGCUGUACAACGGAGAGACUCAGCCGCUCAUCAUUAAACUUGAAAAUAUUGGAACAGAACCUCUGGAGAAGCUGGAGGUUACCUCAAAAAUGGUCAACAUGAAAGGAAAAAUGUUUGGUGACUUCUUGAGUUGGAAUCUAGAAGAUACACUCUCACAGUUUCCUUUAAAGCCAGGAAGUAUUGCUGUAUUUACUGUGUAUAUUAAAGUCAAGCUUGAUUUCUCCUGUCACGAAAACCUUCUGCAGGAUCUGAAUGAUGAUGGAAUUAGCGUGAGCGGUCUUCCACUUUCCAGUCCCUUUCGACAAGUGAUAAAGCCACGUAUGGAAAAUAAACCUAUAAAUCCACAGGAAGCCACUAAAGUUGGUGACUUCAGUCACAUAAAGGUAGGUGAUCAGUCUUGCUGUAAUAAGUUUUGCAACUUAUAUUAAAUCAGGAAUGGACAGUUGAUUUUUCCCAAGGGAUCACAUGAGAAACUGAGAUU